AUGUUCAGAUGUGCUGCUGGAGGGCGUAAAGCUGCCUCGUCCUACUCCAGGACUGACUUUGGGGCUCAUUCUUGCUCUGAGACCGUCGAUUGGUUGAGGUCCGCCACGCUGUUUUCCUCGUGGUCUCUGACUCUCCUGCUAGCUCUGGUAGCUCUUGCCUUCACCCUUCCUGGAGCAGCCUGCCAUCAACUCAGAAGAGACGGACUAAGGCUCACCGUACCUCGAAGCCAAAGGGCUCCUCUGAACAUUUCGGAAAGCGUAAGUGUCUACAAGCCCAGGGCCACCACGGCCCCCACAGGUCGGACUGGGGGACCGCAGGGUAGGCAUGUACGCAGUUACAACCAUCUUCAAGGAGACAUACGGAAGAGGAAGCUGUUCUCUUUCCAGAAGUUUUUCCUGAGAAUCGACAAGAAUGGGCGGGUCAAUGGAACCAAAAGCAAGGAUGACCCUCUUAGUAUUCUGGAAAUUACAUCGGUGGAUGUGGGGGUGGUGGCUAUCAAAGGACUGAACAGCAACUACUAUCUGGCAAUCAGCAGAAAGGGAGAACUGUACGGAGCAAGGGAGUUUGGCAUUGAUUGCACCCUGAAGGAGCGCAUCGAGGAGAACGGCUACAACACGUACGCUUCAGCCGAAUGGAAGAACAAGAAACGUCAGAUGUUUGUGGGUUUGAACAUCCACGGGAGGCCCGUGCGAGGGAGGAGAACGCGUCGGAAAAACACGACCACCCACUUCCUUCCAAUCAUGGCGUGAGCCGGGCAAAUACGUAUGUUGGAAAAAGGACAAAAACGUAGCACUGGCAAAAAGUUGAAGACUCACUGAAAAAUUUUUAGAAAUAAGGCACUAACACUGACAAACAAGGAAGAUUGUGUACUUCACAUGAGAGGGAUGGGUGUGUAUGUGUUUGCUGUGGCACAGGAUAAAAUAUGAAUCCUAUUUCUGUGCCAAACAAUAGCUAUAUGGUGAAAAUAAAAACAACUAUCCCAGCUAAUGAGAAAGUGUAGGUGCAGGCAAACGGGUGAUCUAAUGUGUCCUGUUUAUUAUUAAAUACAAGACGACAUCACAAUGAAGAAAAAAAAAUUCAAUUUUUUAAUGCCUGU